AUGGCGUCGUUAAAUGGAAAACCAUUUCAUGAUUUUGUAACUGAGGUAGAAAACCUGCCUGUAUUUAGCAACAGCCUUCAGAAUUGCGAAUUAAUAUUAGAUGAUAAUGAUGAAGCUUUAGGCUUACAUAAAAUUUUUGAAAUUAAUAUAAAAGACAAUGAUAUCGAAAAUAUAAUAGUUGGAAUGAAUGAAGAAGCUGAUCAAAGCGGGGAAAAAUCAAACGACGAUGAAAGUGUUUCAGACGACAUUCCUGAUGGAAGUAUCAAUCAAGAAAUAAUAAAUUAUGUUUAUGAAAAUUUGCUAGCAAAAGAAAUAAACAAUGGAAACUCAUCGAAUAGUUUGGACCCAAAUGACAAAGUUAUAAACAAUUUAAGGGGAACUUCAAAAAACGAACAAUUAGAUGAUAAUGAUGAACAAAAACCGUCUUCUAGCACAACAGUGGAAGAAAUUCAUGAAAGAAAUUGUGCUAUAAUAAAAAAAGACGAAGACAUACUUACAUUACAAAGUCCCGAUUUAGUUGAAGGGAAAUGCUUCAUAUCAAAUAAUAGCAUUUAUUUUCUUUCAGCGUUUAAUCAAGUACUAAAAAAUCCAUCGAUUGCUAGAGUAAAAUGUGAAUCGAUCCUAUCAACUAAAAGAGCACAAGAAUUGAAUAUAAUUCCUGAAUGGCUUAAAAUAAAACCCGAUGAAAACCAAUCAUUUGUGUUUACAUCAUUAUUAGAUAAAGACGGUACGUAUGAUUCGAUAUCGAACAUGAUAGAAUAUGAAGUGGAUUCAAAAGAAAAAUUGGAAGCAAAUCCUACAUCAGACAAUAAAACACAAACGGAAAAUCAAAAGAACAAUAUAGAUUCAAAUGACAUAAAACCUUCUUCCGAAUUGUCGGAAAAUUUCUUAACUAUAAAGGAUAUUGAUAAUAUGAUACCUCUAAAUUUAUAUCCCGAAGAAAUUGAAUUAUUAGAAGAAAAAGAAUUUUAUAGUGAUUUAGAAUAUGCAAGUAGUUCGUAUAUAAAUAAAGAUUUUAAAGAAGUUUACUAUAACGUAUUUUCGAAAAUUAAUGAUAAAAAUCCAUUUUAUAAAUUAUAUCAACGAAUAGAUCCACAAGGUGUUAAUUAUGACCAGUUUAAUGAAUUAGGUGAUAUUAUACAAACGCCAUCUGGAUAUUCAUUUAAUUUUAAAUAUAAUGUAUCAUUGUUAAAAGCUAAAAAUAAAGUAAUUGGAUUACCUGAAAGAGCAGAUAUUAAUGAAACUGUUAAAUUAUUCUUUUUUGAUAAUUGUAUAAUUUUACAAACACAAGUUAGCUUUAUAUCUAGUAUUCCAUUUCUUAAAUAUGUUCGAGUCGUCAUAACAUCUGUUUUACACAGUGUUCCUAGCGAAGACGAUAACGGAAAAUAUGCUACGCAGAUAGACAUGCUGUAUGGCGCAUAUUUUUUCAAAUCUUCAUUCUUCGAUAGCUUUAUAAUAAGUACCAUUUUGCCAAUAUUAAAUUCGAUUUGUUUAAAGUUUAAGGUAUGCAUAAGUGAAUGCAUAAUGGACAUAUAUAAGGACAAGAUAUUACGUGAAAUGGGAAUAGAAAUUAACAAUACAAGCACUAUUUUUAGAACCUCCAAUAGUAGCGAUGCUAGUAGCACUGAUAACAGUAGUUCCGAUACCAGACAUCAUGAUGCUAAAAUACGUCACUAA